AUGGGGUUCUUAACGGCUUGCGGACGGUCACGUGUCAUUUCAGGUACAAUUAUAACACACGAGCCACUCACAGAAGUGUCGCCGUGCCUGGAGCCGCCACACUGGGCUCCGUGCCUGCCGCCGUCCGCGCAGGCGCGCAACGCCAGCCUCUUCUACUUCGACCGGCAGCUGCAGGCGUGCGCCGUCAAGGAGCAGCUGCCCAUACCGUGCCUGCACCAGACCGCCGUCGUCUUCACCACCGAACGCGAGUGCGUCACGACUUGCGCGAAUCGAACGCGCGGGGCCGUGGCACCCCGGGAGUGCCGAAGGCUGCGGCUAGCUCCCUGCACUGCCAGCGACAUCGUGAGCACGUACAUCCCCGCAGGACCGACCGGGUGCCAGCAGACGCAGCAAUGCCACGGCUCGGAGUUUGUCUUCCACACGCUGGCCGAGUGCCAGAGCGUCUGCUUCGGCAACAUGUCACGGAAGUGCGGGUCCCCGGCUCCGUCGGUGCACUGCAGCAACUGGUCCCGCACCGUGCGUUGGUUCUACAACGCUUACACGCUGGUCUGCCAGGAGUUCCACCAGCUGUGUCUAUCUGGCAGGAACCGGUUCGCGACGUAUGACCAGUGUCUGCGCGUAUGCGUGACCAGCUGAUGUGGCAGCCGUCUUGGCCAACACGGGUGCGACGGCACGUUCAAGAGAGUCCAGAGUGCUCGAUAUCGAAGCCAUUCAGAAGGAAACAAGGCCGCAGGGUGUACGGUGCAUUGACAUCGAUAAUCAUGUACUACGACCUCGCGAACUCUAAAUAUGUUCGAUACAACAGCCGAAUCGCUCCAGACAGUGCAAUAGAUAAUAGGAGAAGAAACGAGACUUGCUUGCUUUCCCUGCGCACAUAUCUAGCAUCUUCCUUAUUAUUAUUAUUAUUUGUCCAGACGUGCAGUAAACAAUAAACAAAGCAGACUGAG